GCCACGCCCACUCUCUUCCGCAGGUGUCUCUCACCGACCUAAGGUACCUGACUACCUAUCUCUACCUACCUAGGUAGCUUCUACCUCUCAAAUAGCAUCCCUAUCCGCACGCCUGCUCUGUACACCUAGGUACAGGGCUAUCCGGUUCUGCAGGGCUACGGCGCACCGCCACCGCAGCCAUCCCUCCCUCCCUCCACGGUUGGCCCAAGGGGGGCACCCGACCCGGCGCAUUCCACUCCUACGGAAACCACGCUUCGAGUGGGCGCGGCGGAGAUUCCGGCCAGCUGCUGUGAACAUCAUCCCAAACGAGACGUCUGAACAUCAUCCCAAUCGAGACGUCGGAACUGGUUCGGCCUGCCGGCUUGCUUUCCAUCACGCCAGGUGGCAUCGGGUUGAAGAUCAAACAGUACCUAUCUACCUACGUUGUCCGUCGCCGUGUGUGGAACUGAGACAAUCGACGACGAAUCGGGACGCUCUGCCAUUCGCCAUCCACCAUUAAAAGCGUCUAUCCGUACUGCUGCCCUGCCCUGCCCUGCCCUGCCCAGAAGAACUCCCGCAGUGACCAUCGCCAUGGACGCCAACGCCGACGCCUCUGUUAGCAUGCCUGCUAAGAUAUCCAGUGUUCUGGAUUUACCCGACGAGAUCCUCAAGGAGAUCUGCAGUCAUUGUCUCCAAUGCGACUGGAUUUGUCUCUCCCUCGUCUGCAAGCGAUUCCGGGAGCUCGCGGCUGCCCAGCUAUACCGAAACUUCCACAUUGUCUUCCCUGAUGAAGGUGAUUCGUGCUUCGACUCGCCAAUCGACGGCCUCGCCGGUGGCCUGGCUACCUUCGUCUCGAGCGACUACAACUAUGCGAAACACCUGAGGGAGAUUUCGCUCGACACGCUUAGUGUCGGCGAUAAGGCAGAGACCGCCUACAAGCCCUACUUGGCUUCUGUGAGCUGCGGGAAAUUUAUGAAUACCUUAUUACUUCUUACUUUGCGGAAGGCAAUGUCUCUCGACUCUUUCCGAUGGAAUAUCCGUGUCGAGCUGAGCAGACCCGCCUACAAGGUCCUGCAUGGCAUCCAGUCUUUGAGGCAUCUUCAUCUUCGCCUACAGGCCGGUCCCUCGCUGUACGAACCGCCGCCGCCGCUUCCAUAUCCUACCCCUCCCUACGAAUAUACGACGUCUGCUCCGUCAACGCAAUGGGUCAACCCUGGCGGAGGCCCUCCUGAGCCUGUUGGGACUUUGUAUGGUCCUCCUCCUGUGACAGCCUCGUUGCCGGCUGUCAAGUCGAUCUGGAAGCAUAGGGCGUCCAAAAAGCCGAUUCUCGCUAAAGAACCGCCGACGAUCUCGGGUUUCCAGAAUUUAGAAAGCCUGAGCGUGCUUGACAUGGACAGUCUUGAUAUAAUCACCGAGAUCAAAGCGUGCGUACGCAAUUCUUCCUCGACAUUGCGAAAAUUAAAACUGUCUUUCUCGGAUGGCCUUGCAAAAAGGGCGAGAAAACCGUGCGUGGAUGCAGAUCUCGACGAGUCCGAAGAUGAUGAGUUCCAAGUAGUCCCCCUAUCCUUAACCCCCAACUACGACAACAACGGGCCGGCAAAGGUCUUCAGGGCCCAGGAAGAACGGAGGACGCAGGAGUCCGUAUUGGGUCGCAUAUUUGAGGUCGAGCCGUACGUUGCAAAAAGCUUUCUAGUCCCAAGCGAAGACCAGAAAGAAGAGGAUCUGUCCGAACAAGUUGCCUCGCCUGAGGGACAGCGUUUCAUUGAUCAGGUCAACGAAGUCUUCCGCCGCAUGGUCGCGCAUGUUAAUGGAACCACCGAUUACAGAUAUCUAGGCCAAGUAGAGAGCUUAGACGCAAUCGCUAAAGCAGCCAAGCAAUAUGUCAAGUCCGAAGAGGCCAGAGUCAAGGCCGCUUCGGCUCAGGGCCCAUCCAAUCCCAGGGAGUCGCCUCCAUCCUCGCAGGAGCCCGAGGCAAAAUCUACUCCCGGUGGCAGCACGAACGACAACGUCGUCAUGCCGGGUACCGGGGAGACGUCAUCUCCGGCGGACGACCGCUCGGAGCACCCAAUCCGGCAGAAAAGCAACAUCUACGACGCGAACCCCGAUGAUAUAGACAUCACCGCCCCUGAGGAGCAAUUGGGGACCGAACUUCAACCAGCCAUUGACGCGGACCUUCCGUCCUCAGAUAAGCCUGCCAUCACAGCAAGAGAGACACGGGAUAUUGACAGCUUCGACGAGGACGCCGAGAGUCGGCUUAAGGAAGCUCGGCAGCGCCUGGAGUCUAUUCAUCGUGAUGUAGUAGACAUCCAACAUGAGAUGAACGUGGUAGAGGCGGAGAUUGACGAUGCCACUGCCCAGGCAGUCCUGGCCCGAGACAAGAAAGAGGCCAAUCGUGACAUUAGCGAAUAUGCACGGGACACGAGGGGCAUCGGCCUUCACUCCCUCAGCAUACAUCUUAUCCCGGUGAAGGCUUCGGUUCUGGGGAAGGCCAUAGACUUGCACAUGCUCAGGAGGAUAACCCUACUGAACGUUGGCGAGCAGAAGAAGUUUUGGGCCUUGAUGAUGAAAGAGAACAACCUUAGGCCGUUGCCGCUGAGGAAGGUCUUCACUGAUGAUGUCUGUCUGCAAUUUUUGCAGCUGGUUUCCGAGCUCGACUGUGCCCACGAAGUUUUCAUGCUUCAGCGUUCAGCAAAGUACAAGCCGGAAAGCUUUGCGCCAAACCCGGGGACGACGAUUGAGCAAAUACGGAAAUUCGUUCUACGGAAACAUCUACCCACCCUCAAACGCCUCAUGAUCAAGAACCAAGCAGAUGAAUCCUGGGACCUAGACGAGAAGACGACCCAGCUGAUUUGUCGGCGGGGCAAAGCCCUAGAAGAACUAGCUGUAAUCAUGGGAAUGCGCGCGAUCCAUAUCUUGAUACAGCACAUACAUGGCCUCGUCAACCUCCGCGCACUGCAGCUCGUCUCGUUCAGGACAGAAGACACCUGCCUAUCCGUCGUGCAUGAGACCCGCCGCUUCAUAGCUGACGCUCUUUCCCACCAUCCCAUGCUGAAGCUUGAGUGGCUUUCCUUGGGUGACGAAGGGAGAGCUACGAGAAUUGUUAGAAAGUUCGAGGUCCCUAAAUCCGCCCAAAAAGGUAGGGGCAAGGGUAAAGAGGUUGCCACCAGCCUACAUGGCGAUGGCAACAGCAACUACCCGGUGAUGCCUAUCAGCUGGGAUACUGAGAGUGAGAGUGACGAAGAUGAAGAUGACGACGGCGGCAAUUUUCCUCGGAUUCCCAGGUUAGAACUGGUUGAAGGCUUCGCAUUCUAUGACGUUUUCGGCGUCCGGAUCUUCAAGAAGGAGGUCGCGAGUGGCCGUCUGUAAAUGAGCAUUAGGAAUACUGGUGGCGUCGGGCGGCAUUUUCUCCAAAAACACAGGCGGAUCAAUCUUCACUAGUCGGGAGAAUACCCCCUCGUUUGAUAUUUGGUAGAACGGCGUUGAGCGAGGAACUAAAGAAUAUACCAGGUUUCCCCA